AUGGAUCUCUCGGCGCCACAGUCUGACCCUGGUCCUUACUUUGCCGUCUUCGCCCGUCACUUCCCCAGUCCUGCAGGCGCAUCUGCGCUGGAUGCAGCCGCCGCCGCUCAGCGCAGCGGCAAACAACCAAAAAUGUCUCCAGCGGACGGCGCCGAAGGGUCGUCUCAAAACCCAACAUCUUUCUCGCCCCCGGGGGCGCGAAUACUGUACGCGGCAACAAUUCUGCAAGUGUCUUAUUUCUCCAUCUGUGGUGCUGCAGCGAUCGGCCGCCAUGUGGCGCGAAUGCAUGCGUAA